AUGCGAACGAGCACGCUGGCGCCUAGUGCGCUGGUGCCUAAAGCCUUGGCGCCGUGCGCGCUGGCGCCUAACGCGCUGGCGCCUUGCGCGCUGGCGUCUUGCGCGCUGGCGCCUUACACGCUGGCGCUUAACGCGCUGGCGCCGUGCGCGCUGGCGCCGUGCGCGCUGGCGCCGUGCGCGCUGGCGCCUUGCGCGCUGGCGCCGUGCGCGCUGGCGCCUUGCGCGCUGGCGCCGUGCGCGCUGGCGCCAUGCGGGCUGGCGCCUUGCGCGCUGGCGCCGUGCGCGCUGGCGCCGUGCGGGCUGGCGCCUUGCGCGCUGGCGCCUAACGCUUUGGCGCCUAACGCGCUGGCGCCUUGCGCGCUGACGCCUAGUGCGUUGGUGCCUUGCGCCUUGGCGCCUAACGCGCUGGCGAUUAGCGCUCUGGCGCCAGGGGGCCGCGUGAGAGGCCAUGUGAGAAAGUGCGUGAAAGUGCGCGUGUUAGUGAGCGCGAGAGUGCGCACUUGA